AUGGGGCAGGCAGCGAGCAGGACCAGUGAGGCUCAGGUGUCUGUGACCUUCGACGAUGUGGCCGUGACUUUUACCCAGGAGGAGUGGGGGCAGCUGGACCCGGCCCAGAGGACCCUGUACCAGGAGGUGAUGCUGGAAAACUGUGGACUUCUGGUGUCUCUGGGGUGUCCCGUCCCCAGACCGGAGCUCAUCUGCCAGCUGGAGCGCGGGCAGGAGCCGUGGACGGCGAAGAGAGGCCUCUCCCAGAACACCUAUCCAGGUGACAAGGACAAACCCAAGACCAUGGAACCCACCACUUGUGAUCCAGCCCUGCCUAAGGGGGCCUCGUUCCAGGAACUAAGACGUGGUGACCCAGGGCACUGUCAGCUGGGCCAAACCAAGGAUCAGCGUGGACCGUCAGAAAUGCAGGAAGGACACUCGAGACCAGGGUUCGAAGCCCAGAGGGAGAAGCUCCCUGAGAAAAUGACCCCUGAACAUGGUGGUUUAGGGACAGCUGAUGGAGUGUGUUCGCGGAUUGCACAGGACCUGGUCCCCCUAGGUGGUGCCAUCCGUGACCGUGACUCAUGUGGAUCGGGUAAAGAUCCCAUGAUUCAAGAAGAGGAAAAUGCCUUUAAGUGCAAUGAAUGCGGGAAAACUUUUAAUAAGAAGCACCUUCUUGCUGGACAUGAAAAGAUUCACUCUGGAGUGAAGCCCUAUGAAUGCACUGAGUGCGGGAAAACCUUCAUUAAGAGCACACACCUCCUCCAGCACCACAUGAUCCACACGGGGGAGAGGCCCUACGAGUGCAUGGAGUGCGGGAAGGCCUUCAACCGCAAGUCCUACCUUACACAGCACCAGCGGAUUCACAGCGGGGAGAAGCCUUAUAAGUGCAACGAGUGUGGAAAGGCCUUCACCCACCGCUCCAAUUUUGUCCUGCAUAAGAGGAGACACACUGGAGAGAAAUCCUUUGUGUGCAAAGAGUGUGGGCAGGUCUUUCGACACAGGCCAGGUUUCCUCCGACAUCACAUCAUCCACACUGGCGAGAAUCCCUACGAAUGCUUCGAGUGUGGCAAGGUCUUCAAACACAGGUCCUACCUCAUGUGGCACCAGCAGACUCACACUGGGGAGAAGCCCUACGAGUGCAGCGAGUGCGGGAAGGCCUUCUGUGAGAGCGCGGCCCUCAUUCACCACUACGUCAUCCACACGGGGGAGAAGCCCUUCGAGUGCCUGGAGUGCGGGAAGGCCUUCAACCACAGGUCCUACCUCAAGAGGCACCAGAGGAUCCACACCGGGGAGAAGCCUUUCGUGUGCACCGAGUGUGGAAGGGCCUUCACCCACUGCUCCACUUUCAUCUUGCACAAAAGGGCCCACACUGGAGAAAAACCUUUUGAGUGCAAAGAAUGUGGGAAAGCCUUUAGCACUAGGAAGGACCUCAUCCGACACUUCAGCAUCCACACCGGGGAGAAGCCCUUCGAGUGCUCUGAGUGUGGGAAGGCCUUCAACCGCCGCUCGGGGCUCACGAGGCACCAGCGGAUUCACAGUGGAGAGAAGCCCUAUGAGUGCAUGGAGUGUGGGAAAUCCUUCUGCUGGAGCACAAACCUCAUCAGGCACGCCAUCAUCCACACCGGGGAGAAACCCUAUAAGUGCAGCGAGUGUGGAAAGGCCUUCAGUCGCAGCUCCUCCCUCACUCAGCAUCAGAGGAUUCAUACUGGGAGACACCCCGUCAGGGGCAGCGCAACAGAAGUGGGGAGACCCUUCACGAGCGGGCAGUCCUCGGUCACCCUGCGAGAACUCCUUCUGGGGAAAGACUUCUUGAAUGUAACCACCGAGGAAAACCUUUUGCCAGAGAAAACAUCUACCAUGGCAUCUGAUCGAACAUACCAAAGAGAGACCCCCCAGGUAUCUUCGCUGUGA